UUCAUCUUUUCACUCCCAUCGCUCUUUCCCCCAUUCCCUCGCCGCCGCCGCCGCCGCCGCCGCCGCGCUUGCCAGGCUCCACUCUCCACCGCGCCGCCAUGCUCCGGCUCCGUCGCAGCCUCCUCUCCCAUAUCCUCUCGUCCCCCUCCGCCUCUCCCAUCUCCCACCUCAGCCGCCUCAUCUCCGCCGCCGCGCCCGCCGUCUCCUCGAACCCUAGCUUCGCAGCGGAGGACUACCUCGUCUCCACCUGCGGCCUCACCCGGGCACAGGCCCUCAAGGCCUCCGCCAAGAUCUCCCACCUCAAGUCCCCAGCUAAUCCCGAUGCCGUCCUCUCAUUCCUCGCCGGCCUGGGUCUCUCCACCACCGAGGCCGCCGCCCUCAUAGCCAAGGACCCGCAGUUCCUCUGCGCCAGCGUUGAGAGGACCCUGGCGCCCGUCGUCGUCGAGCUCACCGCUCUCGGUCUGUCGCACUCUGAGAUCGCGCGCCUAGCCUCACUCAGCGGCCGCCAAUUCCGUUGUAGACCCAUCGUCUCCAGGCUGCAAUACUACCUGCGCCUCUUCGGCACCUCCCACAACCUCCUCCGAGUGAUGAAGUUCUGCAAUGUCCUCUCAUACAACCUCGACAGGGUGGUCAAGCCCAAUUUGGCGUUACUGCAAGGGUGCGGGCUAGCUGCUUGUGAUAUUGCCAAGCUGUGCAUCUCAACACCGAGGUUGCUCGCCGCCAGCCCCAAGCGUGUCCAGGCGAUUGUGGCGUGCGCUCAAAACAUAGGUGUCCCCCGUGGUUCUGGGAUGUUCAGGCACGCGCUGCGUGCUGUUGCAUCUUGCAGAGAGGAGGAGAUAGCAGCCAGAGUGGAGUACUUGAGGAACACGUUCAGGUGGACGGAUGCUGAGGUAGGCAUGGCCAUUUCUAAGUUUCCACCGGUGCUGAAUAAGUCCAAGGAAUCGCUGCAGCUCAGGUCUGAGUUCCUCAUCUCCGAGGCGGGUUUGGAACCGGUGCACAUUGCUCAACGGUCGGUAAUACUCGGGCACAGCCUAGAGGGACGGCUCAGGCCCCGGUACUAUGCUAUGAGGUUUCUCAAGGAAAAUGGAUUGCUCAAGCGCGACUCAAGCUACUAUACUGUUUUCAAGGAGUCCAACAUGACAUUCAAGAAGAAGUUCAUACACCCUCAUAAGGAAGCUGCACCGCACCUUGAAAAAGACUACGAUGCUGCUUGCAAAGGGGAAGUGCCCACUAAUUUCAGAUUCACAUAAGCCAAGGACGUGCUCUGAUGUAACUGUGUGCUGGUUGUCCGCUGCUGUAUGUCUGUUAGAUGCUGGUUUGGUGGUUGUUAACGAGUGAUGAAGCUGAUAAUUUGAUCCCUGGAUACUGAUAUGUAAUGUCACCACUCAGCAGAGAAGAAACCAUGGAUUGGUUAUGAACUUU